AUGUAUACGAUCUCAUGUGGUACAGUUUGCUUGGAUGGAAGCCCUCCGGCUUACCAUUUUGAUAAGGGAUUCGGAGAUGGAAUUGACAACUGGUUGGUUUAUCUUGAGGGCGGUGGAUGGUGUGAAACAGAAAGUGAGUGCAAAGAUAGGGCGCUUUCUAUCUAUGGCAGUUCCUUUAGAAAGCCAAAAGUUUACUAUUUCAAUGGGGUGCUAAGCAAUAACCAAAUGAUCAAUCCUGAAUUCUACAACUGGAAUAGAGUAUUUGUUAGAUACUGCGAUGGUUCAUCAUUCGCAGGAAAUGUCGAAGCAGUUAAUCCGGCUACCAACCUUUACUAUAGAGGUGCAAGGAUUUUUAAGGUUGUGAUGGAGGAUUUGUUGGAAAAAGGAAUGAAGUAUGCUUCGAAUGCUAUACUCACUGGUUGUUCGGCCGGUGGAUUGGCUACAAUUCUGAAUUGUGAUCGCUUCCGAGCUCUAGUGCCUAGUGCUAAUAGAGUGAAGUGCAUUUCUGAUUCUGGUUACUUUAUCCAUGCAAAAGAUGUUCCUGGAGUGAAAAGAAGAGAAAAACGCUUUGCUGGAGUCGUUAGACUACAUGAAUUAUCCAAUUUUUUGCCUUCAUCUUGUACAUCGAAAAGGAAUCCGAGUUUGUGUUUAUUUCCAGAAUAUUUAGUAAAAGAUAUGGAGACGCCACUUUUUCUACUCAAUUCGCUUUAUGAUUCAUGGCAGAUAACGUAUAAUUUGAAACCACAUCAUGGAGAUGAGCAUGGCUGGAAAAAAUGCACUAAAGAUACAAAACUCUGCAGCCCUGGCCAACUAAAAACCAUAAGAGAUUUUCGAAUGGACUUCUUAAAGUCAUUGCAAGAAAUAGGCAAUUCUUCAUGUACAGGAAUGUUUAUCAACUCUUGCUACCUCCAUUGUUACACUUACUCAACUGAAAGAUGGAAUUGUGCUGCCGGCUUGGGAAAUACGACCAUUGCACAGGCCAUUGGCGACUGGUACUUUGAUCGCGAUUCUUUUAAAGGGAUAGACACUAUGCAUGAUGUGCCACAGGAGUGUACUCAGUGCUUAUAAUUCUUUUGUCUUGAUAACACUCGUGUAUUCGACAGUCGUAAUUCUCUAUCUUAGUAAGAAACAUUAUUUCAAAAUGAAUGCGAUCAUGCUAUGAACAGUUGUAUGUUUCAAAAUUAAUUAA